AUGAAGGACAUGGAAGUUAAGUUGAGGCAGGCUCUCCUGGACCUCAAAGCUUCACGAGAGGUCAGCGACCAGCUUCUCCGGGAACGAGAAGACAGUGAACAGGAGAUUCAAAAAGUUGUAAACAGGAACUCACAACUGAAGAAUGAGCUUGCCGAGCUUCAUGGCAAAUAUCUGGACCUCGCGGAACAAUGUUUGAAAUUGCAACAAACGGUGAAUUCCUUCAGUGAAUGCAACAACACUCAUGAGCAGGCUUUGGAUCGCAUCCAUGACCUCGAAAAGAGCCUAUGUGAGUCACAUAAAACCAUAAAAUCAAUGGAGGAAGAAAAACAGGCUCAAGAAUUCAACUCAACCGUGAGCUUUAUCAAGAGCAAUCGUUGGGCGGGACUGCCCUGCGUGGCGGUCUCGCUUGACAUACAAUCAGCGUUUAACCGGGCAUGGUGGCCUGCAAUCCUCGACCGCCUGAGGGCUAUUGGCUGCCCGGCUAACAUCUUCCGGCUAGUCAAUAGCUACCUCAAAGACCGCACCGUCACUCUAAAUUACGCCGGGGCAGAUGCCUCGAAGGGGAUGCAGAGGGGGUGUGUCCAGGGAUCAGCCUGCGGCCCAGCGCUGUGGAACCUGAUCCUGGACGACCUCCUAGGCAUCUCCCUGCCCCCCGGCUGCCACAUCCAGGCAUACGCAGACGACGUCCUGCUGAUCGCAGCAGCGGACGACGCCACCGCUCUAUCACACGGCACCACCAACGCCCUGGACAGGAUUGCCGCGUGGGGCCACCGGCUCAAGUUGGUCUUCGGACCCCAGAAGACGCAAGCCCUGGCCUUCUCGCCUCGGGCGGCACGCGCCCGCAUCGCCAUGGCCGGUCACCCAAUCCCGUUUUCCCCCAGCUUCCGGCUGCUGGGGGUCAUUAUCGACAAGUCCCUUUCGUUCGGCCCGCACGUCCGCCACGCCGUCCAGAUCGCCCAUCGGCUCUAUAACAGGCUCGCCCUGUUCGCAAGGCCGACCUGGGGCAUCCACCCCGGCACAGUGGACGCUAUAUAUAAAUAUGUCAUCGUCCCCAUAGUCACCUACGGUGCUGGGAUAUGGGGGGACGCGGCGCGGCGGAAGUCGCACGCAGGAACGCUGCUGUCCUUACAGAGAGGGUUCGCCAUCAAAGCAAUCCGGGGAUACCGUACGGUGUCAACCAACGCCGCUACAGCGUUGGCUUAUUUCACGCCAUUAGACCUGGAGGUGCUGCGCGUUGCCGAAGUGGAUAGGACGAGGCUUCGGCGCGUGUCAGCCCUCCUACCCGACGAUAUCACCUUGGAGGCGCCGGUCCCCGUUGCGGAGCUCCUCCACCCGGCUCGGUGCAUCUCCCCCGAGUAUGACACGGCUCUCUCUCCGGAAGACAUCAAUCGGGCGUGCCGGGAGAGCACCGUGCAGAUAUAUACUGACGGUAGCAAGCAGGAGGACGGCUCGGUGGGCGCCGCGGUGGUGUGCGUCGACAUCGACGCGCGCCCCUCGGUCACCGUCCGCAAGUACGGCGCGCCCCUCGGUCACCGUCCGCAAGCCGAAGCAUUCGCCAUCUUGCAGGCCUGCCGGCUUGCGGCUGAGCGCGGGUACAGCGAUGCACUCGUGUGCUCGGACUCCUCAUCAGCAUUGUCGGCUCUCGCGCAGCGCAGCUCAGUCGCGCCCCUUACCGUGGAGACACACAAAGUCAUCGAAUCGCACCAGGCCACGGGAACCAUUCGAUUCUGCUGGGUGAAGGGCCACGCGGGCAUCCCGGGGAACGAGCGCGCCGACAUAGAGGCUGGGGAGGCGGCGGCUCUGAGAAGGGCCCCCGACUACUUCUGUUUCUCUAUGUCAUACGUCAAGCGCGCCCUCCGUGCUCGCGCGUUUGAAGACUGGCAGACAAGGUACUCCGAGGUGCCGCAGGGCAGUCACACCAGGACCCUCUUCCCAGACCUCCAAACCAUCUCCCAGUUCCGAAUCCACACUUCCCCAUCCUUCCAUUUGACCCAAUUCCUCACGGGCCAUGGGGCCAACCUCUCCUACCUCCACCGAUGCCACAUAUCCCCCACCGACGCCUGUCCUUGCGAUGGCACCACCUCCCAAGACCCCCUCCACCUCCUUAUCCAUUGCCCCCGGUUUGCUGCCAGGCGGCACAAGUACGUAGCGCGGUGCAAUUUUAAGUCUGUGGACCCCUGUGACUUCGCUGCCAUCGCCAACAGUGGGGGGCUCGCUCGUUCCCUGGUUGAACUGGUGGAGUACAUUUAUGAGCGUUUAGGGGAGUUCAACAGCUCCUCCCCAGUAUAA